CUUCUCUCUCAUCAUCUCCUCGAAACGACCAUAGCGCGUCUUCAUAAACUCUUCUGGAUUCGGCUUCGGCCUCUUCUCAUAGGUGACAUCCAGGAUCACAACCGAAUUCAUGUGUUGCGCCAGCCAUUCGGGUGUCACCGUAUGAAAUAUGGACAUACUGAAAUGGCGAAUUCUUCUUAA